CGUUGGUUAAAAUCGUUUUAGAUUUAGAGUGAACAGCAUUUGAAGCCUUUCCGUGACGGAAGAAGAGUUAUCUAGAAAAUGACAUUGGAAGUGCUUUUAAAACAUUAAGAAAUAAUAUGGAUACAAUCAAAAAUACCAAAGUUUCUUUUAAAAUAGUGCCCAUAACUGACAAUGAUAAGGAAGUUGUGAUUAAUUCCUUAAAACAGUAUUUUUUCCGCGACGAACCUUUAUGUGCAAGCCUAGGGUUAAUAGAAGAAAAAGAAUCAGUAAUUCAACUUGAAAAUUUUUGCGUUGAUUUAUUACAAAAUGGAAUAUCAUUUAUGGCUGUAUCUACAGAAACAGGUGAAAUGAUAGGUGCAUCGUUGAAUAACACAAUGUGUAGGGGUAACGAAAUUAAUGAAAUCGGCGAAGAAAACAAUGAUAAAAGUUCAAAAUUUAAUGAUAUCAUGGUUCUCUUAGACAAAGCUGAACGAGAUACUGAUAUAUUUGGAAAAUAUCCAAAUAUUGAUCGUAUAAUGGAUUUAAAAAUUAUUACAGUAAAUGAAGCAUAUAGAGGACAAGGGGUUUGCAAAGCCCUCAUCAACAAGUCUAAAGAGUUGGCAUUGGAGUUAAGAUAUCAAAUGAUUUACGUGGAGUGCACCAGUCAUUUUACUGCAAUGGCUGUUGAACGAUUUGGAUUUCAAUGUAUAUAUUCGUUAUCUUAUUCAGAUUACGUGAACAAGCAAAGCGAAGUGAUUUUCAAGACACAGCCUCCUCAUAAAUACUUCAAAGUCCAUGUAUUACUUCUCUAAAAUAUUUUAUAUUUAUUCAGAUACCUAAUUAUACCGGCAACCGGUUAAACCCAAAAAAUAGUUUUUUAAGAUUAUAUAGUUUUAAAUGUUACAAUAAUUAUACCCCCCCUCCCACAAUAGAAGUUAAAAUAAGAUAUUUAAAAAUAAAUAAUUUGGGGUUUUUGUUUAAAAGAUCAAAAUUUGAUGGCUUUACCGUCAAACAUAAGUGUGAAUAAUAAGGACAAUAUAUAAAAUAAUAUAUAAUAUAGUUUUAAUCUUCAAAGACAAUAAUUUGAGCCUUGAAUUUUGAUUCUGAUUUAUAACUUAUGAAUAAAGCGUGAGUAGUAAUGUAUAUAAUAAAAGACACAUUUAUAAAUUAAAGUUUCUAUAAUUUACCUAUACUCUAAUAUAGUCUAUAGUAAUGGUACUGUUUCGAUGUCAGUCGUAAUAAUAUACAAUGGUGGUAACAAAUAUCGACAUUUAUACUGGUUUGCAGUUUUACAUACAUUAAAUAAUAAUUUUUUUAUUGUUUUUCUAUUUAGACAUUUUAUAGUUUUAUGAUUUUUACUAUUAAACUAAGUAUAGAAUAAGUAUCUCAAUAGUAUAUUCAAACAUUAAAAACUAGUUUUUAUAUAAUAUACCUACUAGUAGUGGAUCUAUAUUAAAUGUUUAAUUUUAUCAGAUUUCUGCACACUUAACCUAACUAUGAAGUACGAAUAUUGUUUAACUAUAAAAAUAAAUAUCUAUCCAAGGUAUGUUUGGACAUAAUGUAUUAUUUUUAUUUGUUGGUGGAUAAUGAAGAUCAUCUUCUAUGGUCAGAAUUUACAUGACUUUCAGAAAUAAAAGUAGCAUAGAGGUAUUAAAAUUGA